AUGCACAAUCAAGAUUCUAACCAGAUGCGUCAGGCAAGAAGAGAAGAGCAGGAGCAUUCCCAAGAUGCAUACCAGAUCAAACCUGAUGCGACAGUAGCUGAUGAGACGGCCAUCUACGAUCAGGCCAGAAACCCCGCACAAUACCUCGGUAUCGAUGCGCAGACGAGCCAGCCAGGUCAUGGUUUACCUGGAGCAGACGCAACGUUCCAACCGCCUCAGAGUGUGCUGAACCAAGACGUUCUGGUCCCGGCAUUGGACUACAAUGGCUAUGUCCUCUACGCAUCGUCUCGGCCCGUGCCGGAGGAGCUCAUACGGGAACCGACAGGGAGCUCGGUUGCAGAACCGGGCGCCGUGUUGGACGAGGAGAGUGGACGGACCUACGUCAACCAUGAGACGGGGAGGUACUUCCUGCCCAACGACCCGGGGUCUUGCGAGCAGGCUGAGCAGGAUCGGUUGGACCUUCAGCAUAAGGCUUUCACAAUAUACUUGGGUGGUGCGCUCUACCGUGCUCCAAUUGGGCGCCCAGAGUAUGUGCUCGACAUCGCCACUGGGACGGGCAUUUGGGCUAUCAAAUUUGCCCAGCACCAUCCUCAAGCGACUGUGAUAGGCACUGAUCUUAGCAUGAUCCAGCCGAUUGACGUCGUGCCGAACGUGCAAUUCUUCAAGGAAGACUCAGAGCACUCUGACUGGAUCCAUCCGCAUCCAUUCGACUACGUGCACCUGCGUCUCGCAGUCAGCUGCUUCGACGACCACCGCACGGUGAUCCGGAAGUCGUUUGAUAACAUGAGGCCGGGGGGUUGGAUCGAGCUCAUGGACCCUGUCUUCCAGACGCUGUGCGACGACAACACCCUGGAGGGUACACACCUGCUAAGGCUGAACCGGACCAUGAUCGAGGCAGGACUGGCAAUUGGCCGCGAUCUGCAGAAGCCGCUUAACUACAAGCAGUGGCUGUUGGACGCUGGGUUUGUGGGUGUCGUCGAAGAAGUCGGGCCCGGCCCUGGUAAUCCGUGGCCGGUCGAGCCACGAUGGAAGGAGCUUGGGCGGUGGCUGAUGACGAACACGCACCGGGCUCUUCGAGGAAUGUGUUGGAAGAUGCUGAGGAACUACGGACUUGAAGCAGACGAGGUUGAAGAACUCCUCCGCCUGGCAAGCAUUGAUGUUUGCGAUACCCGCAUACACUAUUACUACCCAAUCUACAUCGUUUAUGGCCGAAAGCCUCACCAGCGAGAGGAUGAACAGUAG